AUGGGUGGAAGGGCUUGCUGCAAGUACUGCUGCCUCUUCUUCCCGCCGAUCUUGGUCGCACUGUACUUAGGUGGCUGGAAGGAUCAACCCCCGUUUGUCCGAGUGGUGGGGAAGACGCCCUUCGCGUGGCCUGAAAAUUAUGAGGCCUUUACCCUCACGGACAGACAGCGUGAAGAAUUCUUUAGAGAUGGUGCUACGCUUCUCAAAGGGGUCCUGAAACCUACAGUCAUCAAGGAACUUCACAAGAUUAUUUCGCCUAUUCCUCGGACGGAUCCUCAGCACACCGGUAACCUGUGGAUGUUGCAUGACGAGCUGUUGGACUUCUAUCUCCAUGGGCCACUGGCAGACAUUGCAAGGCAGCUUUUUGAGAGCCCGCAAGCGGUGACUGCUCAUCUACCUCCAAGCGCACAGAUCCAGAGGGAUUUCUUCAACAUCAGAAAUGGAGAUUCCACCAACGGAUGGCACAUCGAUCGCACUGAAUGUCAACGUGGUGACCAGCCCUCCAAAUUUCUUUCUACGGCCUUGGCAAGACUGGCAGUGCCCCUGAUUUUGGAGGGUGGUGUAAGAGGCACACAGAUUAUCAACCAGAGCAAGUAUGCUGCCGCCAUGUCUGAAAAAGACCGGGAAGCCUACUUUGCAGGCAAAGCCAUGUACAGAAAAGAAGGUCGUUUUGAGGACUGGAUGGGCUGGGACACGAACACGAGCCUGCCGGUACUUCCAGGAGUUACACUGACUGAAGACAUGAUCAUGGAACCGUGGAUGGAACCAGGAGACGUCGUCGUCUUCAACACCUGUCUUUGGCAUCGUAGUCCUCCAUGGACUGGUCCUGAGCCGGAGCUUGGCUUACAUCCGACUUUUGCGCCAUCCACUCAUGUCAACCAUGAUCCGCCCGCCUACACCGAUCCCAUGGGCACCUGGUGCUUAAAUGACGACUUUGCCCACCAAGCGAUCGGCGAGGGACCGAGUCCAUGCUUUCCGCACGCCUACCCCGAAGAGAAGAGGCCGAAGAAUGGCUCGACCUUGACCUUGCAACGAAGGCCCAUGGCCCUCCCAAGGCAUCUCCUCAUCAGCUUCCUGGGAGUUCGUUUCAGAGACCAACUACGGAAGGUUUUCUACCGCUGA